CGCUAAGCCAGCCCAACCCGACAACACCUAAACUCUCGUCACGGUUCUCGGCAUUUUGACCCCAUCUCGCCCUCGACCACAGGGAAAAGCAACAUCAUUCCCUUCCGACCCUAGAAGCCUUACACCAAGCGGGGAAAAGGGUAUGAGCCGUGAUGAGAUGGCCGCCAUGGGCUCCCAAGACCCCUCCCACCGAGCCGGAACAAGAAGCCCGCACUGCCGCCAACAAUGACCCGCGACACAACUACACCAACCUAAUCGACUGGAACGCGUUCACCGAGCCUCGGACUCUCAUCGCAACAAGCAUCCUCACCACCGGCAUCCUCGGCGCCGUGAGCCUGCAUGGGCGCUACUUCCGCUGGUUCCCGGAUGCGGUCAGCAUCUCGCCCUCGUAUCUGCGUCGCAGGAGUCUCCUGGGGAGGGUGACGAGUGUCGGGGACGGGGACAAUUUCCGCAUGUACCAUACUCCCGGCGGCCGGCUGGCAGGAUGGGGAUGGUUGCCUUGGAAGAAGAUCCCGACAUCGAAGAAGGAGUUGAGGGAUAAGACGAUCCACAUACGCCUGGCAGGUAUAGAUGCCCCCGAACUCGCGCACUUCGGUCGGCCUGCGCAGCCCUUCGGCAAGGAAGCCCAUGAGUGGCUCACGGCCUACUUGACCAACCGGCGCGUGCGCGCGUACGUUCACCGCCAAGAUCAGUACCAGCGUGUGGUUGCGACGGUGACAGUGCGGCGGGCGCUGGAUUUCCCCAUCCCCUUUCGGCGGCGCGAUGUCUCGUACGAGAUGCUGAAGAAGGGGCUCGCGACCGUUUACGAGGCCAAGACCGGAGCUGAGUUUGGCGGCGCGGAGAGGGAACGCAAGUAUCGGCAGGCGGAGUGGUGGGCCAAGCUCCGGGGACUGGGGAUGUGGAAGGGCUUCCGACGCAAUGAUGCGUGGGAGAGUCCCAGGGACUACAAGACACGCAUGGGAUUAGAGGACCCGAUGCAUGUGAAAGGGGAAGUGAAGAAGAAAUAGAAUGAGAAGGGAGAUUCUUCAUGCGUGCGCCCGCUUUUUAUUUUUUCGGAUGCAGAUAUACUGUCUAAACGCUCAUGACGAUACGGCUAGCUCUCUAAGAUAUCCCGGUGAUUAUCUCGGCUU